CGAGUCUACGAAAAAGCCUUUGCGGGUGGGUAAGCCAUGCAGGAACAACGGUUCCCCCAGAACAGUCGAUGCAUUUUCUAUUUUCACGAACUUUGCCGUUCAUUUGCAGGUGUUGAGGCUGCGCUUUCUCACUGCUUUGCCGACCUGAGGUGCCUGUGUUACCAGCGCUGUGGUGUCUGACAGUUCUUCCAUGUGCGUGCAACCGUGGCUCAACUUGACAGACUACGGGGCAGCGCAAGGAUGAAGAGUGGUUCAACAGGUGCUGUGCCGGCGGUUGCAUUCCUCUGCUUGACUGGGACGCUUUCUGCUCGCCCCUGUCCGCGUUGCGGCGAUGACAUCGACAGGCAAGGUUUGGCUGUGGACAUCGGUUUCCCUCCCGUCGUUUUCCCGCUUGGUCAAUACACACUGGCGGAUUGCGCUGCGGAGACGCCAAAAUUCUGGAAAAAAAAACAAACAAACAUCCCGCUGUCAGAGCCGCAAAACACUCAAACACUGGGUGCUCCUAUUUGCCCAGUUUCCCACGAUCUGAGUCCCUUUUCGCGAACUCUCUGGCACCUGACUCUUGUGACACUGGCAAGUCUCACAAUAAACCUGUGACAUCGCGGGUGUGCCUGGGGAAGGCUGGGAGAACCUUUUAGCCCCUCGAAAAGCCAGCAGUGUCCAGACAAAUCGGAAGGAUUUGUUGGAACGCUAACUGUUAAACGGUA